CGCAUCCGCGCCGACAAAUUGAGGAUGCGCGAACGAGAGCUGUCCGGGGCCAGCCAUGGCCCCGUAGAGGAGCGAUCGGUGAGGAGGUGAUGGGCAAAAGCGAGGGGCGUUGGUUUUUGCGCAACAGAACACCGUCCGGUAACGGCAGAGCGGGGAGUUUCACGAAGGCAUGUCUCCCACAAUUUCGGUAUAUGAUAUUAUUCCUCUUUAUAUGGAUCGGCCACCUGCAUCUUAUCUUGUUGGUCUGGCGGCGGCCGUGAUAUCGGAGGAGAUAGGAAAGGGCUUUUCGGCAUGUUAUACUUCUCCACCACAUCCCGCUUUUCGUUGGCGGGUCAUCAUAAUGAAUCAGGGGAUGAUGGGCGUUGAUUCGUGGUUCAGAGGAACGUGGCUCUCAUACCCGGCGUUCUUGAGCAGGAAGGGGAGGUCGGACUUAUAUAGGGGUGAAACUCCACACUGCUUCCAAUACCAAGUGCGAUAUUGUUUGUUCCCUGAAUCGAGCCAUGGGAUGGGAAUUUUCCCAGUUCGAAGAGCCGUACAACAGGAGGUGGAUGUCGAGUCUGGAUAUGGUCUGUCGAUAUGGUCUGACGAAAAACGGACUGUCAUCCACGGCCUCUGUCCAAGCCAUACCUACACAGCGCUUGCUGGCUGUUCAUCCUCCCUUGAACAGGGAACGUUUAAUCACCAAUGGGGGGGCCGGCAUGUUCAAACCAAAAAGCUCCUGUUUGAAGUGAACACGAACAAUAAAACGCCAACAACAUGGACAGAGCGAGUGUUCCAAGGUUCCACAGUCCCUGAAGGUUUUAUAUUGUCAUAACGAACCGAAAAGGACCGACACGGAACCAAGUCACUCGGUCUCGUUCAGUUAUUCAACACUCUCACUCUCCAAACGACACGCACACGGCCGUCACCCCACGACAAGACAACGAUACCACACACACAGCAGCAGCACCAUGUCCUCCACCACCAAAAC